AUGACCAGUGAUGAGAAUCAGCCUAUGACUAGAAGUGUAGGACAGGAAACCGGAGUAAAAGGAGAAGAUUUCAAGGAAUUAUUAGGGACAGUUGGAGAACAUAAUGCCCCCAAAAAACAUUUGCCCAUGAGUACUGACAAUUUCUAUAGGGACAUCAUCUCCUAUGCCUCUUGCUCGUCCGUGUCCACCCCAGAGGGCGGUGACUUUCUGUGCAACCAUGGGAAGUGUAAAGUGCUGUCUUCUGGUCCUCGACACAGAAAGUCCCGUGCACUAGUCGAAGACUACACUCAAGGGAAGAAGACAUUUUCUUCCACUGGUGUUGAUGUGCAAAAGCCCCAAGCAGUCUUUGAAGAAGAGCUAUACUUGCGGCUGAUUUCCCUCCAAAAAGCAGAUGGUUCCUGGGAUCUGGAUGAGAGCCUGUGCAAGGUCCUAGACAUGAGUUUGGAAAACAUAAUGGCUGCUCACCCUGCCAAGCAUCUGGAUGCCUCUGCCUGGGCCACCAUCCUGGCUGUGAUCUGGCUACAUGCUAAUUGUAGCAGCUGGAAGUGGGAGUGGGAACUUCUUGAAAAGAAGGCAAUAGCCUGGGUCCGCCCUUAUGCAGGCUCCAGCAUGUCAGUGCUUGUGAAAGCUGCUAUUGCCCUCCUGAAAGUCUAUGUGAAUCCUGUUAUCUUUGACCUCUGAGUACGCCAGCUGGAAGAAAACGGACAUGCAAUCAAGUGCCUCUCCUUGGCCACUGUCGUUUCCUUAAUCAGCUCUUCUGCUGUGAAGAGUUCUUGCGUUGUAUACUUCUCCUGUAUGU